AUGAAUGAAAAAAGUGAUUUACACAAGAGAUCAAUUGAAUUUGCAGAUAAUGAUGAAUCAAAAAAAAAAAUAAAAACAGACGAAGAAGAAAAUGAUAUAAUGGAAAGUAAAGGAAAAGAUUCUUAUUCUUUAUAUUUAGAAUAUCAAAAAGGUAGGAAUAAAAAAUUAAAGAAUAAUGAAGAAUAUAUUGAAUAUUUAAAAAAAGAUGCUAGAAGAAAAUAUUUAAAAGAAAGAGAAAAAGAAAAAUUAGAUAUAACGAAGAAAUUAUUAGAUGAUGAAUUAUUAUAUAGUACUGUAAAAUUAGAAGGAAAAGAUUUAAAAGAAUUACAAUUUUCUAAAAAAAUAUAUAAUAUAGCUAAAGAAAAUAUAAAUUUAAGAGAAAAAUUACAAGAAGAAUCAUAUUAUUUUCAACAAGAUAUAGAUAAAAAUAAAAAAACACAAACAUAUGAAAACAACAAAGUAGAUAAAUCAUUAUAUAAUUAUGAUGAACAAAUUUUAAAUAAAGGAAUUCUCAAAUUUGGUUCUGCAAUUUCAAAAGAAAAUCUACAAAAACAAAAUAAUAAUGAAUUUGUUUUUGACGAAGAUAUUAUAACAACUAAUAGGAAAAGUAUAAAAAGGGCAUCCUUCGAAGAGAAAAAAUGGAAUGAAUCACCAACAACAAAAAAAAAAAAAAAAAAAGACGACAUGGAAAGUGACAACAAGGGUGAUAAGGAUGAUAAAUAUUAUAAACGUCAUAAAUAUGAAAAAUAUGAUAAAUAUGAUAAAUAUGAAAAAUAUGAUAAAUAUGAUAAAUAUGAAAAAUAUGAUAAACAUGAUAAACAUGAUAAAUAUGACAAACAUAAUAAAAAAUACCCUUCCAAAUAUAAAGAAAUAAAUACCUCUUAUGAAAGCAAUAGUCCCACUGAUAGCACUUAUAAAAGUGAAGAGGAAAGCACCUCAUCAGUGGAUAAAUAUCAUAGAAACAAUAAAUAUGAUAAUGAGAAAACAAAACAUGAAAAAAAAAAAAAAAAGAGUAUAGUUACAGAUGAAGAAAGAAAUGUUGAUAGUAAUAAGAGAUCCUUUGAAAAAAAGGAAUCCGAAUUAAAUGAAAAUGGACUUACAGAUGUUGUUGAAUUUGUACAUUUAGAAAGUUUUUAUGGUAUGAAUGAAAAAGAAAAAGAAUUAGAAAAACUUUUUGAAGAUAUAAAAAAAAGAAAAGAAAAGAAAAUGAAAAAAAUUAUUGAUGAAAGGAAAAGGUUACCUAUAUAUAGUUAUAGAUACGAUAUAUUGAAAGCUAUAAAAAAUAAUAAAAUUUUAAUAUUAGUAGGUGAAACAGGUAGUGGAAAAAGUACACAAUUAACUCAAUAUUUAUAUGAAUGUAAAUAUCAUAUGUAUGGUAAUAUUAUAUGUACACAACCAAGAAGAAUUGCAUGUAUAGCUAUAGCAAAUAGAGUAGCAGAAGAAAUGAAUGUAAAAAUAGGUAAAGAAGUUGGAUAUGUAAUUAGAUUUCAAAAUAAAACAAGUGAAGCUACCAAAAUUAUGUAUAUGACAGAUGGUAUGUUUUUACGUCUGUUAUUAUAUAAUCCAACAUUAGAAGAUAUAUCUGUAUUAAUUAUUGAUGAAGCUCAUGAAAGAGCUUUACAUACUGAUGUUAUUUUGCCAAUAGUAAAAGAUAUAUGUAACUUUAGAGAAAAUAUUAGAGUUGUUAUAUCUUCAGCUACUUUAGAUGCAGAAAAAAUAUCCACAUAUUUUAAUUGUGCACCCAUUUUUUAUGUACCAGGAAGAAAAUAUAAUGUAGAUAUAUACUACACAAUAAAUAAUGAAAGUAAUUAUAUAUCAGCCAUUGUAAUAACUAUAUUACAAAUACAUAUAACUCAAGGAAAAGGGGAUAUUUUAGUAUUUUUACCAGGUCAGUAUGAAAUUGAAUUAGUUCAACAGGAAUUAGAAAAUAAAUUAAAUGAACUGGCUCCAAAAUAUCGUAACCUGAUCAUAUUACCUAUUUAUUCAUCUUUGCCUGUAGAAUAUCAGGCACGUAUAUUUGAAGAUGUUACUGAAGAAGACAAUAUGAAGUUUUUAGAAGAUAUUAAUGAUAAGAAUGAUGAAAAUAAUAAAAACCAUAAAGAUAUUGAUAAAAAUAAUAAAAUGGAUGAAGAUAGUAAUUCCAAAUUGAAUGUAUCACAAAGUAAAAAUAAAAAAAAUAUUAACGAAGAAAUAGAAGAACUUAAAAGAGUAAAUACAAAUAAUAAAAUAAGAAGGAAAAUUAUUUUAUCAACAAAUAUUUGUGAAACGAGUAUAACUAUAGACAAUAUUGUUUAUGUUAUUGAUUCAGGUUUAUGUAAACAAAAAAUAUAUAACCCUAAUUCAGGUAUAGAAUCUUUAGUUACUCUACCAUGUUCUAAAGCAUCAGUGAAUCAAAGAACAGGUAGAGCAGGAAGAAAAAGAGACGGGAAAUGUUUUCGAUUAUUUACAAAAAAAUCAUUUAUUGAUUUAAGUGAUAAUUCAAUUCCUGAAAUACAAAGAUGUGAAAUUAGUAGUAUGAUAUUGUUAUUAAAAAGUUUAGGUAUGGAUGAUAUUAUUAAUUUUGAUUUUUUAGAUCCUCCUUCUCCUAUUGUUAUUAUUAAAGGAUUAGAACUUUUAUAUUCUUUAGGUGCUCUAAAUGAUGAAGGAAAUCUAACUAGGACAGGACGUAAAAUGGCAGAAUUUCCAACAGAUGUAAAAUCAAGUAAAAUGAUUUUAUCAGCUGCAGAAAAAUAUAAUUGUGUUGAUGAAAUUUUGAAUAUUGCAUCUAUGUUAACACAUGCUAAUAAUAUUUUUUAUGUUCAAAAAGGUAAAGAAAAAGAAGCAGAAAAUAUUAAAAAAAUGUUUAUUAUUGAAGGUGGAGGUGAUUUCUUACUCUUUUUAAAUAUUUAUAAACAAUGUGAAGAAAAUAAUUUCUCUACCUCUUUUUGUUAUGAUCAUUUCUUACAAUAUCAUACUCUUAUUAAAGUUAAAGAUGUGAAAACACAACUAUUAAGUAUAUGUGAAAAAAUUGAUAUACCCAUUACAUCUUGUGGUAUUGAAAAUCAUGAAUCCUUAAAUAAUAUUAAAAAAAGUAUUGUCAGUGCAUUUUUUACAAAUGCCGCUCUACCUGUUAAUAAAACUGAACUCAAAAUUAUAAAAUUAAAUCAAGUUGUUAGUAUAUAUCCUAAUUCAGUUCUCUUUAAAAAAAAUAUUAUGGAAGAAAAUGAAAAUGUGUGUAUCAUUUUUUAUGAAGUUAUUAAACUAAAUAAAUCAUAUAUAAGACAUAAUAUACCUGUAAAUAAAAACUUGUUAUUUCAAAUUGCAGACUUUUAUUUUCUUAACAAAACGGAAUAA